AUGUGUUUCCCCCUGCUCCCCGUAGAGUCGAAGUGGCAGCGAGACCCGCAUGGGGAAGAGUCCAUUCGCUGCCUUCUGAGGGACCGAAGCCGCAGCCGCGAUGAGAAGCGGAAGGACAGUCGAAGUCCGAGCAGGAGCCGCAGCCGCAACAAGAAGCCAGAGGACCACGGGGUCGACACCAUGAAGAUCACGGACGACGAUGCCGCUUUCAUCCUCGGCAAGGGAGGGAGGACCAAAGAGAAGAUCUCCAAGGUCUCCGGUGCAGAGAUCGAGCUCUUCGAGCGCGACUUGAUCUUGGAGAUCCGCGGCUCGAAGCUGUGCAGACGUCGGGCCAAGAAGUAUUGCAAGGGCGUCAUGGACCAGCGGACUGGCCCCGUCAACGUUACUCAGGACCACGACGAUGAUGACGACCUAACCAUGAUCAACGUCCCACAGGAGGCCGUUGGUUUUGUCACUGGAAGGGCAGGGAACUUCCUGCGGACCAUCGAGGAGGAGUGGAACACAUUGAUGUUCUUCUGUGAAGUGGAUGGUUCUCGGGGCCGUGGAAAGGAUUACGAAAAGCUGGCGAUCUUUGGCACGGUGCGGGCGCGCCGUGGUGCCGAGCUCAAGGUCCUGAGUGCCGUGGAGACCAAGGUUCCAGGCUACUUCGACAAGAUCCGCAACGAGGUUGUCGACCGUGACAAGGGCAAGGGAGAGGAUGGUACAUGGGGCACCGACACAAUGACGUUCCAAGACGACGAGCUGUCCUACGCGCUUGGGAAGCAGGGCGGGACAAGGAAGAAGCUGGAAAAGGCUUCCGGAGCAGUCGUGCAGUACGUCGGCCAGGUGGCUCUCUUUUCCGGGGAGAAGCACUUGCGCAAGAAAGCCAAGGAGUACAUGAAGUGGCUCUUCGACCAGCUGGAGGGUCCAGUGUAUGUAAACGGCUGGGAAGACAGGGACGAUUGCACCGUGGUAGACGUGCCAAGCGAGUGCAUCGGCUAUGUCACGGGUGCUCGUCGUGCGGCACUGGGCAACAUGGAAGAGGAGUGGGGCACCCUGAUGUUCUUCAUGAACAAGGAGGCUCAGAACGGCGGCGGCAAGGGCGCCCGGGGCGGCCGCGGGACCUCGGAGCAGUUGGCGAUCUUCGGCGCGCGCCGGUCGCGCCGCGGAGCCGAGCUGAAGAUCAUGAGCGCCGUGGAGACCAAGAGUCCCGGCGUCUUCACCCGGGGCGUCCGCGAGAAGUUCAGCUCUGAGCGGGACUUUGCGACAGAUCGCUUUGUCCUGAAGGACGACGAGCUCAGCUAUGCAUUGGGAAAGGAGGGCGCCACACGUAAGAAGCUGGAGCUGGCUUCUGGCUCCAUCCUUCAGUAUGUUGGCCAUGUUGCCUUCAUCGCCGGCGAUUUGAAGGAGAGAAAGCGGUGCAAGCAGUUUAUUGACUGGCUGUUGGCUCAGCGCCGCGGGUCCGUGACCGUUUCUGAUGUUGCUGACAGAGAGGACUGCACGGAGAUGCACAUUCCGGAGAACUGCAAAGGCUGGGUAACCGGAAACCGCGGCAGCGAGCUGCGGCGGGUGGAGCAGGCGACAGGCACCUUCAUGUUCAUGGCCUUGGACCGGCACGGGGAGGAGCGGCUGUUGAUCUUCAGCGCCAAUGGUGGUUCGAAGACAGCUGAUGGCGGCCGCAUGCAUGCCGAAAGGCUUAUCAACGAGAUGGUGCAGGAGAAGCUACGUGGUGACUCGCGCGGUCGCAGCCGCUCAGAUUCGCGACGGAGGGGCGGCGGUGGCCGCCGAGACUCUCGACGCAGGUCCAACAGCCGACGUCGCUCACCCAGCCGCCGACGCGACUCGCGUUCUCGGUCUCGACGAUGA